AUGGGCUCUGUGUCCGAUCUGCCGGCGCUGAAGACCAGCCCCAAGUACAUCUUCUUCACAGAUUUCGACGGCACAAUCACUCUGCAAGACAGCAAUGACUUCAUGACCGACAACAUCGGCUUCGGUGCCGCCCUUCGCAAGAAGGGGAAUGAGGACGUGCUCUUUGGCCGCCGUGACUUCAGGGACAGUUUCCAGGACAUGAUGGACAGUAUAAGCACGCCGUACAACCAGUGUAUCGACCUGCUCCUGAAGAACAUCCAGCUGGACCCCGGAUUCAAGGAGUUCCAUGCGUACGCGAGGGCAAACAACAUUCCCAUUGUGGUGCUGAGCGGCGGGAUGACGCCUGUCAUCAGAGGUCUGCUUGGACACCUCCUGGGGGAGGAGGCCGCCGGCGAGCUGCAGAUUGUGAGCAAUGACGUGAGGGCCAGGCCGGGCAAGGACAUCAACGACGAGAGAGGGUGGGAGAUUGUUUUCCACGAUGACAGCGGCUUCGGACACGACAAGUCCCUGGAGAUCCGGAAGUACUCUAGCUUGCCUCAGGGCGAGCGGCCGUACCUGUUCUACGCUGGUGAUGGCGUGUCCGAUCUAUCUGCUGCCAAGGAGACGGAUUUGAUGUUCGUGAAAGAGGGCCGUGACCUCGUAGUGUAUUGCGAGAAGGAGAACGUCCCUCACACCACCUUCGCAAGCUUCUCUGAUAUUCUUUCAGAUGUCAAGGACGUCGUCUCUGGAAAAGUGAGCGUCAAGGACACUGCGACUGCGGGCGGUCGGGUUUGA